AACAAAAAGAGAAUAGAGAAAACCAGUAUCGCGUUAAAUAGGUAGAUUGAAAUCUAUCGUCUGUCGCUUAAAAGGAAGUUAAAUUGGGACCAACAAGGAUAAAGCAUCACCACCGUUCAUUUACACGACUCUUUCGAAGAUUCAUCAAUGGCGGACCUCAAUCUCGCGUACCUCUUGUUCGUUCUACCUCUCGCGCUUCUCGUCUUCCUCUACUUCAUAGUCCGUCCCCGCCCGGUCAGGAUCCCGAUCAAGAACCGCCACGUCUUCAUCACCGGUGGAUCGAGCGGCAUCGGGCUGGCCCUGGCCCACCGGGCCGCGUCGGAGGGCGCGCGCGUCUCCAUCCUCGCGCGGUCGCACGACAAGCUUGAGGACGCAAAACACGCGAUCCGCCUUGCCACCGGCGUCGACGUCGCGACCUUCGCCGCCGACGUGCGCGACGCCGACGCCGUCCGUAGGGCGGCGGAGGAGGCCGGGCCGAUCGAUGUGUUGGUCGUGAACCAAGGUGUAUUUGUCCCAGAGGAGCUGGAGAAGCAAGGAUUAGAUGAGGUGAAGUUCAUGGUGGACGUCAAUCUGAUUGGAAGCUUCAACAUGAUCAAAGCCGCUUUGCCGGAGAUGAAGAACAGAGAAGGUCGCGGACCGGGCUCAAUCGCUCUCAUGUCGUCCCAGGCCGGUCAGGUUGGAAUUUAUGGUUACACAGCUUAUUCUGCGAGCAAAUUUGGUCUGCGAGGUUUAGCAGAAUCAUUACAACAUGAACUUAUCGCAGAAGACAUUCAUAUCUCUCUUAUAUUCCCUCCAGAUACAAAUACUCCUGGUUUCAUUGAAGAGAGCAAGAAACGACCACCGCUAACACGCAUUAUUACGGGGUCCUCGGGUGAGAUGAAAGCCGAGGAAGUUGCAAAGAAGGCUCUGGACGGCAUAAAAUGUGGCAGCUUUAUUAUCCCUUGCAACUUCGAGGGACUCUUGUUGUCCAUUGCAACUGCUGGAUUAUCUCCUCAGAGAUCAUUUCCAAUGGCUUUCGUUGAAGUGCUCACCGCUGGUUUGAUUCGUGUUGCGGCUCUGUGCUUUCAGUGGAAUUGGUAUGGAAGCAUUGAGAAGUAUUACGCUCAAAAACAACAGUAAGGUAUUCUUUUUUCAGAGAACCGCACCAAGCAGAAGAAAAUGUUGCCAACUUUGGUUGAAUUUUUGCAGAUUAUGUGUUUCGUUCUAAAUUAUGUUGAAUUUAGAACCGGACAGUUAUGACUUUUUUUUUU